GCUCCAUGACAGCACCGACUACCCCUGGAGGCCGCACGUCAGUCACUCCGACUUCCAGAAGCUUCUCCAGAACCUGACAGCCAUCAAGUUCCGUGGCACCUACAGCGAGAGGAGUGCCGGGUUCCUGGAUAAUGUGUCCUUAGUGACGGCGAGGCGGGCUCCGGGUGUGCCGGCCCGUUGGGUGGAGCAGUGCACCUGUCCCCAGGGCUACCAGGGUCAGCACUGCGAGCAGUGCACGUUGGGAUUCCGGCGUGCUCGCCCGGAGCUUGGUGCCUUUAGCUCCUGCGAACCCUGCAGCUGCAAUGGACACAGUGACGCCUGCAACCCCAACACCGGAGCGUGCGACUGUCAGCAUAACACUGCUGGGCUGAGCUGUGAACGCUGCAAGGACGGUUUCUACGGCGACGCCACCCAGGGAACGUCGAACGACUGCCAGCCCUGCCCCUGUCCAGCGGGAGCCACCUGUGCCAUUGUGCCUUCAACCAGAGAGGUGGUGUGCACCAACUGUCCCCCU